UCUUUAUGUCUACAGAAAAACAUUACAAAGGUUUCAUGCUGUGGUAUUUAGUUAGGUGAAUUCUCCUCUUCAUCAAAUUCACAUCAAGAACGCUGCUUUGUGUGCAGCUUUCGUUGUGUGUAUAAUCAGUGUGUGUUUGUGUGUGUGUAUAAUCAGUGUGUAUGUUUGUAUAGUCGUGUUUAGACUGUUUCCCUGCAUCGUCGCUGCCACUCUCCUCUCACUGCUGCCAUGCUGUGCCCAGUGCUGCUCUGUGCCACGCUGGUCUUACUGCCCCCCCUGGAGCUGUCCGAGGGGCGCGCCCUGCACCCCUCCCCUGAAGGACUCCAGUUUGUGGAGCAGUUUCUGGAGCGUUAUAACGACCUCCUGAACCUGGACGAUCUGGAGAACGCGGGGAGCAACCAACCAGAAGAGCCUUCUGACUACUCCAAUGGGGUCAAAGUUGCCGAAUAUCCCAAAUGGGCCGACCUACCGGCAGCCCAGGAAGACAGCGCCUGGCUCCGCCUGUUGAAGGCAGCUCUGGCCAAUCAGAAGCGAGCUGAACCGGACAGGUCACGACGGGCGUGGAACAGGGGAUGCUUCGGGCUGAAACUGGAUCGGAUUGGUUCUAUGAGUGGACUGGGCUGCUAGUCUAAGGAAGAGGGGCGAGAGACUGACACAACUAGUAAAGGAAAUGAAACGGCUACACACACACACACACACACAGAGGCACACAAACACACACAGACAAAAAGGAAAAUAAUGUGAGUGUUGAUGAUGUCCACACAUAGUGUAGUGUAUACUUGCUGUUUUGCUUAUGUGAUUCAAUGAAGCGUAGCGCAAACAUGACUGUGUCUUGGCUGCUGAAAACAGGUGCGGUAGUAUUGUUUGUUUUUUGUGCAUUUUUAUAACAAAUAGUACAUUUAGUUUGGAAGACAUUUGAGGAGUGUUCAAGUGGAGCUAUUGUUCUAUGUGAUUAUGUCUGUGUUGUUUUUACAGUGCACUUUAUUAAGGAAUGUAGUUGAGACUGUGUCCUUCCUAGCUAAUAUCAAUGUCAUUCUUUUGUAAGGAAUUGCUUUUCUUUUUUUGCAUGUCUGAAGGACACAGUAUAUGUUGA